AUGGACUCUGAGCUGCGGCUAGUGGAGAAGUUGAAGGAACUCUCGCAGCUUGAACCUGGAUUGGGCUAUCGGGCCUACCAUGCCAAGUUGAAGGAACAUCCUGACUUCGCAAGCAUCGGUCUCAAGAAGGUGCAGACUGCUUUGCAGCAUUUGCGCGGUUCGCCACUUGCAAAUGAGCAGGUCGCCAGCAACCUCCCGCGAGCUCUGCCAAUAGAUCCAUUGGAGGAAAGCGCGAAGGACGCGACAGAUGCAGUCCUCCUUGCUGAAAUUCCUGGCCGUGGCAAAGGAUACCUGGCCAAGCGAAAGAUCAAGCGAGGAGAGGCCCUACUGCAUGAUGUGGCUGUUUGUGCUGCAUUGGUGGGAGAGGGCGACAUUGCAGAACUGGAAGCACAGUGCCGCCGUGGGCGCUUGGACGAGGUGAUGUGCCUGACUCACGGAGCUGGAACCGAAGAUUUGCCAGGGAAAAUUCAAAAUAAUGUAUUCCAAACUACGCGGGAUGUCGAAUACUGUGCCCUUUUUGCACGGGUCGCUCGGUUGAAUCACUCAUGCUGCCCCAAUGCAUUUGUAGAUUGCUCGCGUAAGAAUGCCGUGGUUCGAGCUUUGGUCAACAUCGAGGAGAGCGAAGAAGUUCUUAUUUCAUAUGUGCCAGUCAGUGACUGUUUGGAGCUCAGAAAGGAGAAGCUCGAGGGCAAGGGCUUCUGCUGCGACUGCAAACGUUGCCAGGCUGAGGCCGCUUCGGAUCCUUCCACUUUGGUUCCCUGUGCCGAACCUUGCAACUCCUCCUUCCAACUGGACACUGGCGAGGUGUCGUGCCCGUCAUGUGGUUCAAUCUUGGAUAUGGAGAAAAGUCGAGAGAACUUUUUGCAUGUGCAGCAGGUGAAUGACUUCAUGAGAACGCCUGAAGCAUCCCAGACCGACACGCGCAAGCUGAUCUCUCAGCUGCUCACCGUCAAAGAUGCGGCGAUGAAGUCACCCGGAGCCGUUCCACCGAGAAACCUGCACUUUUUGACCUUGCUGAACAACCUCUCAAAUUUGCACUUCUUUUGUGCUCAAAACCUGAAAGGGCAGAAUCGUGAGGAUGCGCUAUUGGCCUUCUUCGACUGCAAGGCACUAAUGAUGACGCACUACCAGAAUUUGCAUGGUGGAAGCCCUCAGAGAGACAUCAGUUAUUUGGUGGCAUUACAGCGGCUCCUGACUAUCGACUUGGGGAAUCCGCCUGAACAGCUCAGGAAAGCCUGGCAAGCGCAGCUGCAACGUGCGUCGUUGCUACAGUAUGGGGAAAUGCAACUCCCAAAUCUGGAAGGAAAAAAACAUGGAAAAAGCGAUGUCCGAUUCUGUAUUUGUUAUGACGACGACUCGCCCGUCAUUAUUGCUUGCUUGUGGGCGAGACUGAAGGGCUUGGACUUUGAGGAUGUGGUUGCUUCUCUGUGCGAGGAAAGAGCUGAAUGGGACAAGGGUGGUGAGAGUCGUUUGGUGGAGAGAUCCACUCGUGAAGAUGGAAGCUCUGAGGAGGUUUAUCAUACUUUGAUUCGUUGCCCUCGCCCGUUCUGGGAUCGUGAGAUCCUGAAGAGACAGUGGAGGUUGCCCUUGGACUGUCAGCAUGGCCAAGGUUGCGCUUUGAUCUCGCGGUCCUUGCAGGACAACAUUGGUGACAAAGAUCCUGAAAAAGUACGAGCAUUUGUCCAUAAGGCUGGAGCUUUGAUCAGGCCAGCUCAGGAUUGUGCUUCACCUGAAGCAAGUGUUUGCAGCGCAGGAACAAAUCAUGAGGAGGAUUUGCUCUCGCUUCCGAUUGCGAAUCACUUCUGCAGCACGGGGACGGAGCUCACAAGUUGCAGCCAGAUUGACAUGGGCGGUCUCAUUCCAGCUUGGGCGACCAACUACCUUUCCUCGUUUGUCGUUGGAAAGGCACUGAGUUGGACGGAGGAUUUACGGCGUCAUUGUGCAUCUCGCAAACUCCCAAGUGAGGAUGCUGACAAUGUUCCAACGUUGGCUGAGAUCUCCAAAGAUCUCAUGCCAGGUUGGACAGAGAACUGGGAUGACACAGAGCUGGUCGUCCCAGAGGAUGGGGACGGCUUGAGGAAAGACACAUCCUUGACAUCUAUGGCAUGGUCUCACUUUUGGAGUAGUGGCGAGUUGUCCAGCUGA